AUGGAGACAAAACUGAGGAAGGCUGGUGGGGAAAGAAUUAGGAGGAGGUUGAAGUUUGAUGGGUGUUUGGUCAUUGAACCUUUAGGGAAGAAGGGUGGACUAAUGCUGUUAUGGAAGCAACCUCUAGAAGUUGAGGUUCUAAACUACUCCAGAUGGCAUAUUAAUGCAUGGAUUAAAGAAGUGCAAGGAAAUGACAAGUGGCUUCUAACGGGUUUUUAUGGGCAGCCAGAGACAAAUUUAAGGGAAGAGACUUGGAGUCUACUAAGCUCUUUCAAACCACAAGAAGACAAGGGGUGGUGUGUAAUAGGUGAUUUCAAUGAGAUAGCAGCCCAUGAUGAAAAGAGUGGGGGAAAACAAAAAACCGAAAGACAGAUGGCCAGGUUUAGGGAAGUGUUGGAAGAAGGGGGUUUGUUUGAUUUGGGUUGGAAGGGGGAUAAGUACACUUGGAGUAAUAAGCAUGAGGAUGAGACAUUUACAAAAGAGAGAUUGGAUAGGGCUGUAGCCAACAUCAAAUGGAAGGAAAACCAUUCAGAUGGGUGGGUGGAAGUACUGGUGGCUAGGUGUUCAGACCAUAGGCCCAUUUUGUUGCACAUGAACCAGGAGCAUGGAAAACAGGGGCGCCAUAAGAAACUGUUCAGAUUUGAAGCUGGCUGGUCUUUGGAUGAGAGCUGUGAAGAGGUGAUUAACUCAGUUUGGAAGGAAAGGUUGAGGGGGAGGGAGCCCUCCUUGGGGUUAAAUUUCAAACUUAAUGAAACUAGAGAAGCUUUGGUAAGAUGGAGUAAACAAAGGGUUUCUGACCAUAAAAAAGCUCUAGCUGAGAAAUCUGAGUUGCUGAAGGAGCUACAAAAGAAUGAGGGAAGUCAUAAUAUAGCAACCAUAAAGGUUUUACAAAAGGAGAUUGGUGUUUUGCUUGAGACAGAGGAUGUGAAGUGGAGGCAAAGGGCAAAGGUUAACUGGUAUCAGCUAGGGGAUAAGAAUACUAAGUUUUUUCAUAGCUGUGCAAAUGAGAGGAGGAAGAACAACAGGAUUCAGAUGAUUUUGGAUGAACAGAACAGAAAGUACACGAGUCAAGAAGGUUUGGAAGGGGUUUUCAAAAGUUUUUUUGAAAGACUUUUUGCCUCUUCUGAUCCGAGGAGCUGUGACAUUGAGGAAUGCCUUAAUGGCUUAAAGGGUUGUGUGACUAGCAGUAUGAAUGACCAGUUAUCAAAAACCUUUACCAGAGAAGAAAUUGAAGUAGCUGUCAAGAGUAUGGCACCUCUCAAGUCCCCAGGGCCAGACGGGUUUGGAGCAUGUUUUUUUCAAAAACAUUGGAACACAAUUGGUGAGGAAGUUAGUGGCAAUGUGCUGAGAUGGCUCAAUGAAAAUUCCUUAACCUCGACUACAAACUUUACUUACUUAGCUCUUAUUCCCAAGAUUUCAGCCCCCAGAGUGGCAAGUGACUUUAGACCCAUUAGCCUUUGUAAUGUAGUCUAUAAGAUUUUGGCUAAGGUGCUGGCAAAUAGACUAAAGGGGGUUCUUAAUGAGAUCAUAUCCCCUAAUCAAAGUGCUUUCAUCCCAGGGAGAUUAAUCUCAGACAAUAUUCUGGUUGCUUAUGAGGUGUUGCAUUCCAUGAAAGUGAGGAAAAAAGGCAAAAUGGGGAGUAUGGCCAUUAAGCUUGACAUGUCAAAAGCUUAUGACAGGAUUGAGUGGUCUUAUUUAAGAGCAGUGUUGGUCAAAAUGGGAUUCUGUGGAAAAUGGAUAGAGCUGAUAAUGAUGUGUGUGUCUUCUGUUUCUUAUUCUGUUCUUGUCAAUGGGAAACCAAGUGGCCUAAUCAAGCCCUCGAGAGGAUUGAGGCAAGGAGACCCGUUGUCUCCCUAUUUGUUUAUCCUAUGUGCUGAGGGACUUAGCUCCCUAUUCAACAAUUCAGAUCUUAGAGGAGAGACAAGGGGUGUGACUGUUUCAAGAGGGGGGUCUCGUAUAAACCACCUAUUAUUUGCCGAUGAUUGUAUACUUUAUGGUAGAGCCAAGAAAGAGGAAUAUGACAGGAUCCAUGGCUUACUUAGUUUGUAUGAGAAGGCAUCUGGUCAGUUUCUCAACAAGGAUAAAACUGCUGUUUUUUUCAGUUCAAACACUAAGGAAGUUGACAAGAGAUUGAUACUGGAAGGAGGGGGUGCAGUGUUGAGAGGGAACUAUGAGAACUACUUGGGGCUUCCUGCUGUAGUUGGGAGUUCCAAAUAUAAUGCUUUUAGAGGCAUUAAGGAGAAAGUAUGGAGGAAAAUCAACAAUUGGAAGAAUUCUUUUUUGUCUGCUGCAGGGAAAGAGGUACUAAUCAAAGCUGUCCUUCAAGCUGUGCCUACCUACACUAUGAGUGUUUUUCAGCUCCCUAAACAACUUUGCAAAGAACUCAAUGUCAUGCUUGGCAGAUUCUGGUGGGGUAAUCAAAAAAGUGGCAGAGGAGUGCACUGGUGUAGCUGGGAAAGGAUGGGGAAACAAAAGAGAAAAGGAGGGCUGGGGUAUAGGGAUCUCGAGAGCUUCAAUUUGGCUCUAUUAGCCAAACAAGGGUGGAGGAUCCUUCAAAAUGAGAACUCUAUAGCUGCCAAGAUUCUAAAAGAGAAAUACUACAAAAACAAGUCUUUGCUUGAUGCUAGUCUGGGACAUAGACCUUCUUUUCUGUGGAGGAGUGUUUGGAAUGCUUUGAGUUUGCUUAAGGAGGGUCUGAUUUGGAAGGUGGGGAAUGGAGAAAAAAUUAAAAUUUGGGGCAACAAGUGGCUUUCCACCCCUUCAUCCUUCUCUAUCCAAUCACCAGUUUCUAGUUUGGAUAAAGAAGCUAGAGUUUGUGAAUUGAUGCAAGGCAGAGGGGAGUGGAAUACUCUUUUGAUCCGAAACAUUUUUAACAAGGAAGAGGCUGACCAGAUCUGCAGUAUUCCAAUUAGCAGCAUGGAGGUGGAGGACAGAUUAGUAUGGAGUCCCUCAAAAAAAGGCAUUUUCUCAGUAAGGAGUGCGUAUCAUUUGGAGAUGGAAAGAAAGCAGGCCAUUAGAGGUGAAAAUUCUAGGCAUGAGGAGAGGGUUAAAGGCUGGGACAGCAUUUGGGAGUUGGAUGUUCCAAGGAAAGUUAAGCUUUUCCUCUGGAAAGCUACAAACGACUUCCUAGCUACCAAAAAAAAUCUUUUCUUGAAGAAGAUAACAGGCAAUCCCUUAUGCCCCAUCUGCAAACUAGAUGAGGAGACUAUUAUGCAUGUGGUGUGGCAAUGUCCUGCAGCUGGUGAUGUUUGGUCAGAAUCUUCAAGCAUUAUGCAGAAAAUGAAGAGGGAAGAGCAUGAUUUGCUGGCUUUAUGGGAAAAACUUACUCUAAAGCUGAGUGAAUUGGAGUUAGAGGAGGUUGCAGUGGUAAUGAGGGGUCUGUGGGUGAGAAGAAAUGAGAGUAUCUUUGAAGAUAUCUUUAAGUCCCCAAGUCAAGUUAUCAGCAUUGCACAAAAUGACUUGAAAGAGUACAAGCAGGCUCUACAGAUGAACAAGGUAGCACUGAGGAAUAAUGAGGAAGGAGGAAGCAGAACCUUGAGGUGGGAAAAGCCAAGGACAGGGUCUGUCAAAGCAAAUUGGGAUGCAGCAGUAGAUAAGAAGCAAAGGAGGGUGGGUUUAGGGGUACUAAUUCGUGAUGAAGAUGGAAAGCCUCUAGUUGCUGUUGAAGGUCAGAAGGACAAUGUAGACCAUCCUGUUGUGGCCGAAGCUCAGGCUCUGUGGAAGGCAAUGGUUAUCUGUAGAGAUCUCAGAUUGGAAAAGGUCAUUUUUGAGGGAGAUGCACAAGUGAUUGUCAAAGCAGUCAACAAUGCAAGUGAAGAUUUUUCUGUUUAUGGUAGCUUAACUGAAGGUGGAGCUGCAACGUUGCGAGAAGCUAUCUUCAGUACCAUCCAUUCCAACAUAUCUGAGAAGCCAGAACCAGAAGGUUGGAGUUUGAAAGAUGAAGAUGCUGCCGUGGACUCUGAUGAUUCCACUCAACCCCUAGAUGAGUUGCAUCCAUCAUUUUUGCAUCCUUAUACUCCUACAGAGGUCAAAACGACAGACAUUGUAGCAAACACUAGCCAACGUCGUAGGGGUGUAGCCAAAGGUACGGAGUUUGAGAAGAUGCUAAAAUUUGGCAAGAUACCACUUGAGAUAAAAGAUGGGACGAUAGGUCCAUCAUGCAAUAACAGAACAGUCUACACAAAGAGAGUUACAUGGAUCGUGAAGCACUAUGAGGAAAUGAGGCAUGUUAGCUGGAGUGUUGUCGAUGAAAAAGAGAAAGAGAAACUUAUUGAACGAGUUCGAGCUAACUUUGUCUUGGAUUGGACCAAGAAAAAUCAUCGUCUGACAGUCAGAAAUCAGCUAUCUCGUGCAUAUAAUGUGUUUCAUUACAAGCUACAUCUUAAAUACUUGAGUUAUGCAAGACAUGAGGAGGCACUAGCUAAUGGAGGUGGGUUGGUAAAGCAGCCAGUUUGGGAGUGGUUUUGCAAUCGGUGGGGGAGUGAUUCAUUCAAGAAUCAGAUGGUUGAAAAGAUGACUGCUAUUGAGCCAUAUGCUUGCACAGAUGAAGCAGCAGCAGGAAUAUUUAGGGAGGUUUUGGGACAUAGGCCAGGCUAUUCCAGAGGGCUGGGCCACUCUAUUAUGCCCGAAUCUCCUAGAGUUCUUGGAGUACCCAAUGAGGAGUAUGAACGGCUUGUCGAGGAAAAUGAACAAAAUAGAAAAAAAUGCAGAGUAUUAUCAAAAUCAGCUUAA